AUGACCCCCACGCCUCCGUCUGCGACGACAUCAUCCUCGGGCUAUUCGCCUGAGGAACAUUUCAGGGUGGUCCGUCGCCGAAACAGGGUGCCGCUCAGCUGCUAUCCGUGCCGGACGAGAAAGUUGAAAUGCAACAGGGGAACUCCGACUUGUGAGAAUUGCAUCAAACGCGGUGACACGCAGUCCUGCGUCUAUGCUACUCCAACCAAUCGGAGGAAAAAUCAAAGUAGUGCUGGAGCUUCCGCAAAUCCUGAUGAUAUGCAGAAUCGUAUUGACCGUCUAGAAGGUUUAGUUCUAAGUCUGAUGCAUGGCGGUGCGAAUGUCGAAAUCUCCAAUUCUUCGAGUACCGCACCCCCUGCCCCUUCUACAGCUGAUAGCUCUUCUCCGAAUGCCGACCAUGAUGAUGAAGGUGCCAUGAGAGACGAUGAUGCCGAUGGCGAUGGUCCCGAUAGCGACGCUGAUGAUGGGUUGUCCACAUCCUUAGGCAUGCUUAAAGUCGACGCAGAUAAGGGGAAGUCUAUGUAUAUUGGACAAGACCACUGGCAUCUACUCCUGCUUGAUAUUGCUGAAGUGAAGAAUUUCUUUGCCUCCCACAAGAAAGAACUCGAAAACAGUUAUCAGAAAGUUAUGUCUUCAAAACCAGCAACCGCUCGGGAUUCUCCCAUCUUUUUACUUUCUGCUCCACCAGCAGUCGAAGUCGAGCUAAGAGCGGAGCUACCCUCGAGGACAGCUAUAAUGACGUUAAUAUCGCGGUAUUUUAACUCGUUGGAUACUGCUGCUAGUAUAGUCCACGCGCCUACUUUUCAGGCACAAUUGCGGACGCACUGGCAAGAUCCAUCUAAGUCUACUAUAACAUGGAUAGGCUUGCUCUAUUCCAUGCUAUGCCUUGCGAUGCUCAGCUAUCAUAAAGUUGGAGACGAGCCCCCAGAGUGGAAAGGUAGGUCCCUGGAGCUCGCAGCAGAAUACCGAUUGCGAACGGUACAAUGCCUGGUAGUCGCGGAUUAUACCAAACCGGUUGAGUAUACGGUGGAAACACUGAUUCUUUAUUUAUUUGGAGAAUACUCUUCUCGCUGGGACGCCGACUUUUCGUUAUGGAUCAUAUCAGGUAUCAUUGCAAAGUUAGCUUUUCGAAUGGGUUAUCAUCGGGACGCGGAUUGGUUUCCAUCAAUCACGCCAUUCCAAGGGGAAAUGCGACGGCGAACGUGGGCUUUGAUACGCAUGUCCGAUAUUAUAUUCUCAUAUCAAAUUUGUUUGCCGGCGAGUAUCCACGAACACGACACAGAUACGAAGCUUCCGCAUAAUAUUUUCGAUGAAGAAUUUGGACCCAACAGCAAAACUCUGCCUCCUUCUAGGCCGUUGACAGAGCCGAGUCCAAUCGCUUACAUGAUAAGUAAAACGAAAUUAUGCAUCGAAUUGGGAAAUGUACUCCAAUCUGUCUCACGAGUAGGCAAGCCAGUGAGCUACGAUGAUAUCCUACAACACGACAAGAAACUCCGAGAAAUCAAGAAUGAGUUCCCACCGCACCUAAAGAUUCGUCCCCUCGAAGGAUCGCACGACCCUGUAACACUUAUUAUUGCGAGGUUCAAUCUAGACAUCCUAUAUCAGAAGAUAAUAUGCAUGUUACAUAGGAAGCACAUGUUACGCGCGCGACAGAAUCCACGAUACGCUCAUUCCCGUCGUAGUGCAAUUGAAGCUUCGCUGGAAAUCUUGGGGCAUCUGAGAAUGAUAUAUCGCGAGUGUCAACCAAAUGGCCGACUUCGUUCUAUGAAAUGGUAUGUGUCAGCUACAUCUAAAGACACAUUGCUUCCAACAAUGCUCGUCAUCCUUGAUCUUCACCAUGAUCACAUUGCUGCCACAUCCGGAAAGCGAAAGGAUACACAGGCCAUCUACUUUUGGACACCGGAACAACGGCAGAAAAUGUUGAGUUCCCUCGAAGCGGUCGCAGAAAUUUGGAAGUCGCUAUCCAACGAAUCGGUGGAGGCAUACAAGGCUGCGAACAUCCUUGAGAUUAUGCUAGGAAAGCUCAGGAACCCGCCUCCCACGCCUUCCAACACUUCAGGACCACCGACGCAAUCCGAGAAUCCCUUCACCUUUGGUAAUGAAAUGCUUCCCGAUAAUUCCGCGGCCUCAGCUCUUGGAAUGCUCUCGGAGGCCUCGACGUCAACAACCAUUCAGUCACCCGGUGGAACAACAUACCCAAAUAUGGACCUUAAUCUAGGAAGUUUGGGAGGUUUAGGAGGCAGUGGACUUAGAACGGGACUUACCCCUGAAUUCCAACCUGACAAUCUCGGUGCAAUUAACAAUGCAGCCUCACCAUUCUCUAUGUUCACAACCCUAGGCGGAGGGGGCAAUAUGGCUGUCGACCAUAAUUUCGACUGGGACGCAUUUGAGAAUUACGCGCAAACAGCAACGUGGGGUCCAGACCAGACAUCCUUCCAAUUCUUCGCGGGCAAUCCCGAGCAACAGUCCCAGCAAGGAUCCUCAGAUGGAUCUUUCACAUUUCUGAACCCAGAGACGCCCAGCACAUAG